AUGGCUCUUCCUAUAUGGACAAAGCUUCUCUCCCACAGCUCCAUUCAAAGGUCCUCCCAAACCCUCUCCGUCCUGGGCGGCAACGCAUACAUAUACGGCGGAGAACUAAAGCCCCGCGAACCUGUUGACUCCUCUGUAUACUGCAUCCCUUUGAACCAGAACGCCACCCCCACGACCGAAAAAACCAUAACCCAGCUGAACCCCCCAAAGACCCCCCAACCGCGCGUCGGCGCCGCAUCCACAACCCUAAACAACAAGAUCUACAUCUUCUCCGGCAGAGGCGGUACAGCCAUGGCUCCCAUCGAAGAGAACGGUUCAUUCUGGGUCUUCGACACGACCACCAACAUCUGGGAGCAUGUAUCUCCCUCCGAUGCAGGGUCAAACUACCCGGUCGGAAGAAGCUACCACGCUCUGACAAACGAUGGUCACUCAACGAUUUUCCUGCACGCAGGAUGUCCCGAGCAAGGCCGCCUGAAUGAUUUCUGGUCGUUUGAUCUUCGCACGCGUGUUUGGCGGGAAUUACCCGCUGCGCCCGGGGCAGCACGAGGUGGGACGUCGAUUGCAUUUGCGAAAAGGAUGGUGUUUAGGAUGAAUGGGUUUGACGGGAAGAGUGAGAUUGGAGGUGCGGUUGAUGUGUUUAAUAUUAGGACGGAGGCGUGGGAGUCGGUGUCGUUUGCUGCCGAUGGGGUUUCUGGACCAGCGCCUCGGAGCGUGAGUUGUUUGGUUGCUGUUGGGGGGAAGUUGAUUACGAUGUUUGGGGAGGGGAAUCCAAGUGCUUUGGGGCAUCAAGGGGCGGGGAAGAUGUUUUCUGAUGUGUGGGCUUUUGAUGUCGAGGAGAGGAAGUGGGAGGAGGUUAGGGUUGAGGGGGAUGGGCCGGUGGCGAGGGGGUGGUUUGAUGCGGAGGCUGUUGGCGACGGAGUAGUGGUUCAGGGUGGGUUGGGAGAGAAUAACGAGAGAUUGGGAGAUCUGUGGAAGCUUCGUUUGGAUUUUUGA